GCGGCGUCGACAAUUAUGCCGAUCUCUUACCGAAUGUUAUUGAUUCUCACUCUGUAUAUUUUUGAGCUCUGUCGUUGCGUCGAUGCCAGCGAACGUCCAGUGGUUAAAACUGAAGAAGGCGUCGUCGAAGGCAUCCGAUUGGAUGCGGGCGGUGAAAAAGUGGACGCUUUUCUCGGUAUUCCCUACGCUACGCCCCCGGUGGGUAACUUGCGCUUCGAGAGGCCGUUACCAGCCAAGCCAUGGAAAGGCAAGUACAAUGCCAGCAGCAAGCCGGCACCGUGCAUGCAGAGUGACUUCCCAAUCUACCAGGACAUCGUGCUAGACUAUACCCAUUCCAGCGAGGAUUGCCUCUAUUACAAUGUGUGGCGACCGACUCGCAGCUGCCCCGACGACACGGAAACGUGCAACGCCAAGCUUCCGGUCAUGGUCUUCAUUCACGGCGGCGGAUUUCAAUUUGGGGACUCCUCACUCUUUCUUUACGACCUUAGCCACUUGGCCGUGAGAUCUAACAUCGUGACAGUCAGUUUCAACUACAGGCUCAACUUCUUCGGCUUCCUGACGACGGAAACAGCCGAUAUGCCUGGAAACAUGGGUAUGUGGGAUCAGGUGCUUUUUCUCAAAUGGAUCAACAAGAAUAUCGCGUACUUCGGUGGCGACCCGAAUGAGGUCACUGUGGCGGGUCACAGUGCGGGGGGAGUCUCCGCCGGACUACUGGCUGCGUCACCUGCGACCAAAGGGCUCCUCAAGCGAAUCAUCAUGCAGAGUGGAACGCCUCUUUCACUUCUUGCUGGAUCAACUUACUAUAGUCCUGACAAGUUCUAUGACGUAUCACGCACUCUCGGCUGUCAUAACGGCCAGGCGAAGAAGAAGGAUCUGGACCUUCCUAAGACGAUAAAGUGUCUUAAGAAGCUGGACGCCCGCAAAAUAAUCCGAUCGCUGCUCCGUCUGAAUUUGGGACAGCGUGUGUUCUCGCCUCAAGAGGGUGAUGACUUCUUCCCGUAUGACCCCCUGGCGAUGGAUACGUGGAAGAACGUCCACGUCAAGGAAGUGUUCGCCGGCAGUAACCUCAACGAAGGCACGGGCUUCCUAAGCUACAUUCUCAAACACCAUCACGACCUCGCCGACAACUUGAAGGUGGAUUAUCGGGCGACCAUCACGGCCAUGUUAUCGCUUUUCGCGGACGUGCCUCUGGUUACGGGAAAAAGAAUGGUAAAGGCUUACUUCGGUGGUUACGAGGUAAAGCACGAAGGACAAAAAGUUGUAGAGCUUCUUUCCGAAAUGAUGGGUGACAUCGUCUUCAAGUGUCCGACACACCUCUACUCUGAACUCAUGGCUCUUCAAGGGCUACCUUCGUACAGGUACCUGUUUGCCUAUCGGCCGUCGUACAGCAUAUUCCCAAAAUGGUUCGGUGUGGUGCACUCGGAAGAAUUGCCUUUCGCGUUGGGAAGCUUGAUCUUUUCCACCGAUCCAACAAGGACCAGCAUCGCGACAGACAGCCUGCCCAGAGGCUUUCUGGGAAGGAGUUACACCACCAAUGAGACAGCAUUUAUGCGACAACUCAUGGAUACGUGGGGAUCGUUCGUCUCUACGGGCAAACCAUCGAUACCCCUUCGAGACGACGAGUGGCCGAGCUACACGAAGACAAGACACGAUAUUGUUCAGCUCAUGCCCUUCAACUACACCAUAAGGUUCGAUAAGUCGCAGGACAAGUGCGAACUCUACAGGCCAUUCAUGAUCAGGAAGGGUGCUGGGAAGCAGCCUCGUCUGAGGAUUGUUUCACCUGGAAUUGCCGCCUCAAGCGGCAAACCCAUCUCUCCAGCCGUGGCAAGCGGAGCGAACCGCCAGCCAGGCAACAAUGUUGCCAUGUCACUGGUAGCCUGUUGCCUCUUGAUGGCCAUGCGCCACCUGUUUGCGACAAUAGUUUAAAAGUGGGGCAUUUACAAAUUA